AUGCCGUCGCGCGACAGCUUCAGCAUCCGGAAGCUGUUCUCGUCGCCUCGCCGGCUGUCUCUCAUUGCCGACGAGGUAGCCGCGUCGCCGACGUUCGACCGCGUCCGCAGCAAGCGACGCAGCGACUCCAGUAGCAGCAGUGGCACUAGCAACGAGAAUCGGAUCAUCACCCACAGCCGCGGCAGCUCCGGCAGCUCUGGCAGCAGCAACAGCACCAUCUUCCACCCAGACAGCAGUAUCAGCAUCACGACACCGCAGGCCGAGCGUGGUCUCACCGACAAUGUCGACCACGAACUGAGCCAAGAGGAGAUUGACCGCAUCAAGGCGGUCGUGGCCGCGGCGGCAGCAGCAGCCGCCCGCAGUCUCCGUUUGCGCAUGGACGCAGACAGCGAGGCAGCCCAGUCCAUUCGAACGAUUCAGACCAUCAAGACGAUUGAAACUGCUGUGCUCGACCGCAUGGGAGUCGACUGUCGCGACAAAACAAACGCAACAUCAACAUCGACAAACAAAAACACAGCGCGGUCCGAGUGCACAGAGAGCGCAGUCACUGCACGCCUGGGUCAGAGCUCAGAUCCAGCGAGCACAAACGAACCGCCGCCGGUUCCUCGCAAGAAAAAUCGUCCGAUUCCUCCAGCCAUUGUCGUGCCGCCACGGAGCAACACGCCCAGAACGGCGACCGGCGUCCGGGUGACCCGGCGGGAAAAGCGCGUGCUCGCACCCGAUACACACGACAAGGCCGGUGGCGACAAACACAGCAACACAGAGAGAAUCGUAAAGACGGAGAGAGUUGACAAAGGAGACAAAAGCGAUCGAAAUGGCGGCCGAAACAACGACGUUGACAAAAGAAGAAAGAGCCAGCACCGCCGCGUGGACAGCCAAGGGAGACGAGGGAGCCUUGGGGCCAAAAGCGGCAAGAGCCAACAGCACUUGCACGACAGCCUGUCCCAACAAAGAAAAUCCAGCAGGAGCGGCAAAGGGGCACAAAAACAAAAACAACACGAGGCAGUCGCAGCCCCGCCCACAGGGCAGGCGCAGCUGGCUGCCGGAAACAGCAAAGGCCAAAUCCAGCCAGAAAGCGACAAGCGCCACACCCAGCCAAAACACAGCCAAGCUGCACACAUCACGCAAACAACAGCAAAGAAGCAACCGGACAAACAGUCGCACCUGGACAAAGAUGGCAAAGGGGACAAACAAAAGAAGGCUGGUGCGGAUGUGGGCGGCGCUGCCUGGCGCCAUGGCCAGCAUCGCAAUGCACAGCCGGCCUCGUCUGUCUCUUCCACUUCGACCGUCAAAGCAUCAUCGUCACGGCCAAACGUGCACCCUCUGACUCUCGAUACCACCGUCUCUCUCGCCUCGACUGUCCCGUCUCGAACUUCUCUGUCCGCUCAUGCACCCAAUCUCUUGACCAAGGCACUCCCGCCUCCACCGCCGCCUCGUGUAUCCUCGUUCGUUGCAAGUCACAGCUCAUGGAAGCCAAAGACUGAAAACGCAUCAUCGUCGUCAUCAGCAGCUUCACCGGACAAGACUGUUGUCGUUUCGACAAAAUCAGACGCUGUCGCUCAUCCUCUUUACCGUGGCCGGUCCGGCGACAUAGACUGCAAAAAGGACAGCGGAAUUGCACUCGACCGCAGUCAGACCAAUCUAGUUGGCAGCUCAAACGAUAAUACCUCCGCCUCCUCCGACAACAACAACGUCAACUCCGACUCCGACUCUGACUACGGCUCCGACGCUGGCUCGUGUAUUGAUCUGCUGCAGGCGCUUUCCAUCCCGCCUGAAGAGGCCGCCCUCUUGCGUCGCCCACCAGCGACCGAGUCGUCUACGCAGUCUGCCAGCAUGCAACUGUCGUCGUCCCGGCUGGCCAUCGACAGCGACACCAAUGUCAGUGCCGAUGCCAGCGCCACGACCGAUUCUCCCGUUGUGCGCAAUGUGUGCACAACACCCACAUUCACCCAGCCGCGCAUGGCACCAACACCUUCGCCCCCGGCUGUCCCGUCCAUCGUCCCAUCCGAGGCCACAAUCUCGCGUCGCAUGAUGAGCACAUCACCGUCGCCAACACCACGGCCUUCGCUGACAGGCGGGGAAUCAAGGACGUCUGGAGCCUCUAGUGCUUUACCCGCCUCUACAUCGCCGUCCUCGCCAAAGCGACAGACGCGCUUCUUGCCUCUGCGGUUGAACAAGGGCCUGCCCGACGCUGCCCUGCGCAUCAAGCGGAAACGCUCCAAAGACGCCGCCGUCAAACGUGAUCGGGCAGCUGCUGCAUCUUCUGCCGCUGUUUCUGGUACUUCGACGUCCAACAAAAGCGGGCAGCCAUUCGUAGAUGGCAAAAGCCAAAUGGACGUUGAUGGCGACGGCACAAGCAACAGCAAGGGCAGCAAGAACAGUAAGAACAGCACAAAUAACAAUGCCAACACCACCAGCACCAAUAGUGGUGGCAGCGGCGGUAGUGGUAGUUCUCGCUGGACACUGCCGGACAAUGUCACAGAACUUUUCAAUGGGCGCCUGUUCAGUCGUAUGGAAGUCACCGAGACGCUCCCCUUUGAGAAACUGCAAGCUAUCCGUGCGAGCCGAGCCCUGGCCCAGAAGCAGCAGGUCGAGGCCGACGAAAAGAAAAAGGCAAAGCAGAUGCAGGAGGCGCAGGACGAAAAAGAGCGGCGGGCAACUCAAAAUGAAAAACAGCAGCAAGAACUGGCCGAUGCCGAGCGAGCGCUCAUCAAGGAGCUGCAGCGGCCACACCCUCAGGCUCAGUCUCGGUCUCAGUCCCAGUCUCAGUCUCAGUCUCAGGCGCCGUGUGACUCUGCCGACACAACCACGGCCGGCCCGCUCGAGACAUUGCUGGAGUGCGAGGAAGAAGAGCUCCAGGUGAGCCCCCUCGAGCCAGACGACAUGCCAGUUGAUGCACAUGGCAACCCCAUCGAACCAACUGUCUUCAUGCCCGUGUCACCGCCGACCGAGUCCUACCCUUCAAAGUCUCUUCCAAUGCCCCCGCACAUUGCUACACAGAUGGUGUGGCGAGGUGGUGAGGGCCAUGCUGACGGAGAAGAACAUGAAGACGGCGAUAAAGACGAAGAGAAGACUCCUCGGGUGGCCGAGCCAAGCCACUUGACUGUGGUCCGUGAUAAGACCGACGACGGCAACACCAAGACUAGAACCGUGUACCUGAGUGCAUCUCGCGACGAACCCGAUGGCAGCACCACACCCAUUGAGCCGUUCCACAUGGAAGAUCUGCCGAGCCGCAUUGGCGCCGCCGGCGUCCGCGAGUCCAUCCUGCUUCCCGUCGAGGAGGAAGAAGCCUACUUCGCCUCGUCCGUGGCUCAGCACAAAGAACGUCGGAGGCGAGAAAGAGAAGCGCAGGAAAGCAAGGAAAAGGAGGCUGCAGCCAAAACCAUUGAGUCAGAGUCCGAGUCUGAUUUGCUUGAGGAGGUUUCCGACGUCGUGCCCAAGCCACCCAAGUCGCCUCUCGACGAAAUUGGACCCUUUCCCUCGCCACCGACAAAGAACCCGAUGCGGUUUCAGAGCUUCAUCAGGAAGGUGGCACAGACUCCCAAGCCUGACGCUGCUUCGCUGCCGUUGCUGAACCAGCCGCCGCCAACACAGCCUAUUCCGCAAGUGACCGUGACCGACGUAGACCGCCAGAGGCGUCGGCGUCGUGCACACCGGUCCACAUCGCACAAGUCCUUGGCCAAAACGCCCAAAUCGUCCUUUUUCCUGUCGUCCCCUACCUCGCUCGUUCCUCCUUUGUCGUCAUCUUCACUAUCCACCUCGUCGUCAGCAACAUCCAUGACAGCCGUUGCGGGUGCUGCCGCAUCGACCAUACCCCAGCACCGCGACGACACAACCUAUGUUUACUUGUCGGCCACGCCCUUCUCGCUCGUCAUGCCCACCUACCGCCAUGGUCCCGUCCGCUUAAAUCGUUUAGAUCUUCUCGACGUGCGUUCAGACAGCCGCAGCUCGUACGACCGCAACUUACAUCUUCACCGCCAUCACCACCCCAACAUUGCCACCGUCGAGGAAACUUUGGACUGGACCGCCUUUCAGAUGGCCAUAUUGGGUGGUGCGGGUGAGUAUUGCAACGAAAGUAUUGAUUACGGCCAAAUAUCAGCAGCCGCGGCCGACGAGGCGGACCGGCUGGCCGACUGGUUCUGGUCGCUCGACAUUCCCGCCGAAAGGCUCCUGACAAAUGCCGAAGAGGACACGGAGUGGGUUCGUCCUGUUGCACCACCAUCUGAAGUAGCGACAGCACCUGCCACGAUGACCCAAGACACCCAGCGUCAUAAGCCUGGGUCGCAGUGGCCAUCCAUCAGGUGCGUCGCUGCUGGCGUUGCAGGCAACACCAAAACGAACGUCCGUGGCCUUACACACAGCCGCACUGCAACCGACACAAGUAUUGGUACGACAACAUCGGUAUACAGCAGUUGCGGUAGCAGCAUCAACAGAGAUGUCGCGGUGGUCGCCAGUGUAUCUAGCAGCACCGUCAACACAGUCGACUCGGGCCUCACUGCGCAGACGGCCAACCAGGCCCUGCCGUUCCCCAUGAGCCGAAACAACAGUACGGACGACGGCGCAUACGCAAUGAGCCGCAAUAGCAGCACGGCUCGACACAACCCUGCAGUCCAUAUUGACGACGACAUCACACCUACUCAGCCGCGAACCAUCCACAACCUCCACCCCAUGCACGCCGUCCAGGACAUCCGCGCCAGUUAUGCGAGCGUCGCCAGCUACGAGAGCAUGCCGCAGAGCCCCAUGGCCGACCUUAUCAUGACGCGCGGUGCCAACGGCAAAGAGUACGUGGCACCCAUGGGCUACAACCUGAGCCACGACUUGGGUGACUACCUGCAGUGGGAGAAGGACAACGUCUACGCCAUGGCUCUAGACGAGCCGAGAUAA